AUGCGAGUCACUGUCGUGACUGCAAUUCGCAACUCCCUUCGCGCCUUCAACAAGAUCAAGCCUCAGUCUGCGAUGGAGUGGAACUCCGGAGAGAACACAGCUGCGGUACUGCUGGGAAGGCGAAAUAUUGCCGUACAGGAGUGCCCUAUGCCUUCCCUACAGCCGGAUGGUGUACUCGUCGAGGUCAUCAGCACUGGUAUCUGCGGGACCGACAUGCAUAGUUACCUUUCUGGAGGAUUUGGCGGACAGGCCAUCACGGAGCCCAUUGUUCUCGGGCAUGAGUCGGCCGGCGAGGUCAUCGCUGUUGGAGGGAUGGUGACGAGCCACCAGGUUGGCGAUAGGGUAGCGAUCGAGCCUGGACUCCCUUGUCGGCGGUGCAGGAACUGCAAGGAUGGACGGAGCAAUAUCUGUCUGGAUCUGACUUACUGUGGGAUGCCAGGCUCUGUCGGAUCGCUUUCAAGGUACUUUGCGCUUCCAGCGGAUAUGGCGCCCAAGAUCCCGGCCAGUAUCUCGUGGGAUGAAGCGGGAUGUAUACAACCCUUGGCCAUCGGUGUGCAGAUUGGCAAGCGAGGGGAUCUCCGAGCGCAUCAGAACAUUGCCAUUUUUGGAUGCAGUCCUAUCGGGCUCAUCACCGCUGCCAUAGCCCGCGCCUACUCUGCCAGCGAAAUCAUCGCAUCCGACAACAGCCCUGAGCGGGUCGAAUUCGCAAGAACGUAUCUAUCGCCCUUGACCGGAAAACCGAUCAUCAAUCACGUCUUCCUCAGCGAGCCGCUAUCCACCUCCUCAGUCGGCAAUGAAGAAAGACAGACCACGUCCGGUCCUGGCGCCUCGGCGGGCGAUAAUGACGCCGACAAGGCAGAGGUCCCGAUCGGGGACCGGAAGUGGGAAUGGGCGGAAAGACUGGCCGCAGGGUACCUGAGGGAAGCUGGGAUUGACAAAGAGAGUCUUGACAGAGUGGUAGAGACGACGGGUGUGGAGGAUUGCCUGAUGCUGAGCGUAGCUCUGGCAAAGCAGGGCGGAACUGUCCUGGCCGUCGGAUUGGGUCCUCACCAGACUGCCGCUAUCCCCACGAUCGCACUGAAUAGCAAAGAGAUCGACUUCAAAGGCAUCAUGCACUACACGCCCAGCUGCUUCCCGGACGCCAUCGACUUGCUCGCCCGCGGUGUCGUCGAUCUCGAGCCCUUGAUCUCGGUUAGCUUCCCUCUGUCGCAAGCGCAGGACGCGUUCGAGGCGGUGGCGAGCGGGAAGUACUUGAAGGUCUUGAUCAAGAACCAGGAGUGA